UGAGUCAGCGUUAUAAAGUAGGAUAGGACGAAGUCUAGGUGAGUCACGAUAUAGUACAGGUUUAAGGUGAAAAAUCGACCGUUUUUCGUCGUAUAACGUACAUUUAUAGUAUAGUCGGCAUCAGCUCAUCAAAGGCCAUCGACGUGUAAGCAGGCAACGUGGAUACCGCGCUAUCUCCAUCCAUCCAGUACGAACGUAUUGUGGUGUCGACAUCGAAGCUUUCCUAACCAAAAUGGAGACGACUUUCUACGAGGACUCUCAAUUUCGCUCGAAAGAAGACAUCAAAACGUUAAAAAGGACAAUGACGCUGGAUUUGGACAGCCCUAAAAUCGGCAAGAAAAGUAAAUUCACAACACUUUUGUCAUCACCUGACUUAAAUAUGCUAAAACUAGCUUCUCCAGAAUUAGAAAGGCUGAUAAUAGCACAGAAUGGUUUAGUUACGACAACGCCGACUCCGACACAGUUUCUAUUUUCCAAGACGGUCACCGAGGAACAGGAGCAGUACGCCAGGGGAUUCGUCGACGCAUUGGCUCAACUUCAUCAGUCAACUGCACCCAGCGCGGGUAGCAUCAUACCACAACCGGUCAUUUCGUCCGAUAAUUCGGCCGUCAUAACCUCGUCAUGUACCGUCCUCGCCUAUUCACCCAGCACAACGGCUAAUGAAACCUCCAACAGCAACGACGCAACCCUGGUUACGGUACCCACCGCUCUGGUUACCAUCAAAGACGAACCACAGACUGUACCCAGCAUCGGAGUGACACCGCCUCUCUCCCCCAUCGACAUGGAAAACCAGGAGAAGAUCAAGCUGGAAAGGAAGCGUGAAAGGAAUAGGAUCGCCGCCAGUAAGUGCAGGAAAAGGAAACUCGAACGAAUAACCCGUUUAGAAAGUAAAGUAGCCGCUCUAAAAAACGAAAAUAGUGAACUGGGUAACGUGGUUAACAAACUGAGGGAUCAAAUCUGCCAACUCAAAGAACAAGUGAUGGAUCACGUUAAGAGUGGUUGCCAAAUUAUGAUUAGUCACAAUUUUUAAGUCGGUUGAUCAAAAAAUAAUUGCCUGUUGUACCAAAAAAUAUUAUAAGAAAUGUUUUCGGAUGGAACGUUACGUGCCUUUUCCGCUCAGAUGAAGUGAUAAUGCUAGUUCCUGGAAGUAUCAUACCUUGAUCUAUGCA